GUUCCCGGGCUUCGCACGAAACAACGAGAUCUGUGGCAUCCGCAGGAAUUCCGUGCCCGAUGUUAUCACCCGUAUCGUCGGUGGGUCGCCAGCUGAGACUCACGAGUUCCCUUGGCAAGUUUCGCUACAAUGGCGCUACAAUUGGUACACUUAUCACAUCUGCGGUGCCUCUGUUAUCGAUCAGAAUUGGAUCAUCACCGCCGCCCACUGCACACACCAAUUCACGCCCAAGGAACUACUUGUGGUGGCUGGAGAUCAUCUACUGAAGGAAAAGGAAGGCAGCGAGCAGUCACGCUAUAUCGAACGCAUCGUUGAACACGAGAACUACAACGCCAACACGCAGGAAAAUGACAUAGCGCUUAUCAAGCUGUCGUCUCCUCUUGAACUCGACGGCAUGACAGUCUCCCCCACGUGCCUGCCUCCCCCCAUGGCAAACUUUACAGGAGACUGCGUGGUGACGGGCUGGGGCAAGCUAAGGGAAGGAGGCAAGUCCGCCGACCUCCUGCAGAAGGUGAUCGUGCCCAUCAUCAGUGACACAGAUUGUGAGAAUUCCUACAGGGUCAUUGGGUACACAGGACCCGUUGUGGAUUCCAUGAUGUGCGCAGGACAUGAAUUCGGAGGAAAGGACGCUUGUCAGGGUGACUCUGGUGGUCCUUUCGCCUGCCGUGGAGCUGACAACCGCUACUAUUUGGCCGGCAUUGUGUCAUGGGGCAUUGGCUGCGCUCGUCCCAAUGUCCCCGGAGUCUACACCGAG